CCAGGCUUCCUUUCUCGUCAAGAUGGCUACGCCGGCCGUGUCCGCCAGCGCGCCUCCUGCCGCUCCUGCCGCAGCCUCGGACCCCGCGGUCGCCUCAGCCCCAGCCCCCGCUCCUUCGCCCACGCCCGCUGCAGCGUCGGCCGCGGCUCCGACGCCGGCCUCGUCUGCAGAUCCGGCGGCAGCGGCGGCUUCGCCGGCGGCUGCUGGCCAACUAGAGGCAUUGGGAGCCCUGGGAUUAAAUAACGCAUGGACAAUUUUCUCUUUCACAGGAACUGUUGACAAGCACUCAGUGGAGGUCACCAACUGCUUCUCGGUACCACACAAUGAGUCAGAAGAUGAGGUGGCUGUUGACAUGGAAUUUGCUAAAAACAUGUAUGAAUUGCACAAAAAAGUCUCUCCAAAUGAGCUCAUCCUGGGCUGGUACGCCACAGGCCAUGACAUCACAGAGCACUCUGUGCUGAUCCAUGAGUAUUACAGCCGGGAGGCCCCUAACCCCAUUCACCUCACUGUGGAUACAAGUCUCCAGAAUGGUCGCAUGAGCAUCAAGGCCUAUGUCAGCACUUUAAUGGGUGUCCCAGGGCGGACAAUGGGAGUGAUGUUCACACCGCUGACAGUGAAAUAUGCAUAUUAUGACACUGAGCGCAUUGGAGUUGACCUGAUCAUGAAGACCUGUUUCAGCCCCAACCGGGUGAUCGGCCUCUCCAGUGACCUGCAGCAAGUUGGGGGAGCAUCGGCUCGCAUCCAGGACGCCCUAAGCACAGUGCUGCAGUAUGCAGAGGAUGUGCUGUCUGGAAAGGUGUCAGCUGACAAUACUGUGGGCCGCUUCUUGAUGAGCCUGGUUAACCAAGUACCCAAGAUCAUUCCUGAGGAUUUUGAGACCAUGCUCAAUAGCAACAUUAAUGACCUGCUGAUGGUGACCUACCUGGCCAAUCUCACACAGUCACAGAUCGCCCUCAACGAGAAACUUGUAAACCUGUGAAUGGGUCCCAGCCAGCACUUCUGUCAAUCUUGGGUCUCAGCUGUAGGGCCCAGCAUGAAGUGGAGAAGUGGUUUGUGGUCUUGAGUCACAAAGUAAGUUAGCUGCUUGUGACUCUAAAUAAACAUAGUCUACCUUUUGUAAAUGAA